UGUAAGCUGACGUUUGUAAUUUGUAUUGCAGUUUCUUGACCAUUCGCUUUGUUGUAGACUUGUUCAAUUCUCACAACGAAACCUAGAAACCAGCGGGCUCCGUUGAGGCGCAGGCAGGCAAGCAUCGAGCGGGAUGUGAGGGCUCGAUACGAGCGUGCUUCCAUGUCCGAUACGCAGGCUAGAGGCCACCAGGCCAUGUCAGAUUCGAGACGCCCUUUCUUCUACCCUGAUAGCAGCAGCGACACAGAAGAGUACAGACAAGAUAGCGAAGAGCGUCGCAAGCGUUUAUCGAAACGCAAUAACAUUCCAAAUAUUCGUAGAAACGUGACUAUGCUGCCGAAAACUCAGUCGCCAAAUGCUCCAAUACCGUCUACAUCCAGUCAGGAACAGGGCAAAGUGGAGAAGAAGAACCAGUUGUGCGAUGAUAGGAUCACGCUAGUGGUGGAUAACACUAGGUUCGUGGUGGAUCCCGCUCAGUUCACAGCUCAUCCUAACACCAUGCUUGGCACCAUGUUUAGUUCUGGUAUGGAAUUCACACAUCCCAACGAGCGAGGGGAAUACGAGGUGGCCGAAGGUAUAUCAGCCACGGUGUUCCGAGCGAUACUCGAGUACUACCGGGGCGGGACCAUCCGGUGCCCGCCGACGGUGUCCGUGCAGGAGCUGAGAGAGGCUUGUGAUUAUCUUCUGGUGCCGUUUGAUGCGAAUACCGUUAGAUGUCAGAACCUCCGCGGCCUACUCCACGAGCUAUCCAACGAGGGUGCUCGUCGUCAGUUCGAAUGUUUCCUGGAACGCUUGAUCCUGCCCCUGAUGGUGGAGUCAGCUCAGCAUGGGGACAGGGAGUGCCAUGUGGUGGUGCUGCUGGAUGAUGAUUCCGUGGAGUGGGACGAGGAGUACCCACCACAAAUGGGUGACGAGUACAGCCAGACGGUGCUGUCCACACCGCUGUAUCGGUUCUUCAAGUAUAUUGAGAAUCGGGACGUAGCGAAGCAAGUGAUGAAGGAGCGGGGCCUGAAGAAAAUCCGGCUCGGCGUUGAAGGGUACCCCACUUACAAAGAGAAGGUCCGCAAGCGACCGGGCGGUCGCGCGGAGGUGAUAUACAAUUACGUCCAGCGGCCGUUCAUCCACAUGUCCUGGGAGAAGGAGGAAGCGAAGAGCCGCCACGUAGACUUCCAGUGCUUCAAGUCGAAGUCCGUGACAAACUUGGCCGAGGCGACCGCCGAUCCCGUGAUCGAGCUGGAGCCGAUACGGCGCGAUGAGGUGGAACCGCCGGAGAACCCAGAGGUGCAGGAAGAGGAGCAGUGACUGUUUGUGUCGCGGGUCGCGCGCGUUAUGGCCGUCUUCUGUUGGUUCUUGUGAUGUGUGUCAGUGAAUUUGUGACUACCCGCGUUUUUUGGAGGAAAUUUCGAAACGGACCCAAACUUGGAAUAUAUGUUGAAUAAUCAAUAAGUGUUUUAAAGCGCUUCCAAGUUGUUCAAGUUUUGUUCAAUAGGCAUUUCGCUUCAAUGGCGUCAUAGUGAUGUACCCUGGCCAUAUUGACGUGUCAAACAUUUAUUUAUUCAACUAAAAUCUGCAGAAGAUAAGUAAGCACUCCGCUGCAAUGGCGUCAUAGUGAUAUAACCUAGCGGUAUUGACGUGUCGAGGGCGAUAGGGGUAGACAGUGGGGGGUGGUGGGAGGGGAGCUUGCCCAGCAGGUGCCAAGUUGAUUACAGCAUGAUGUAGACUUCUUUAAAGGCGCGUUUUUGCAUAAUACUUUAAAGAUUAUUCACUGGCCAUCCUUGAAAGAGUUUCUCCAGAAAAGAGCCAGCUAAAAACGGUUCUGAGUACUGAGUUGUUGAGCGAAAUUCGUUUUGGAAUUAUGGUGGGGGCCCGCGAUAUGGGGAUGUAUUUUGUAUACAAAGAUAUAGCGAAAUCGCAGGCUUAUGUAUUUGAUUCGAGAUAUUGAGAGAUGGAAGUUUAUAGGCGUUUACAUAUAUCCAUACCAAUCGAUUUAUCUAAAUAAUAUGUCGUUGAAGAGUGAGUUUUGAUGCCGCAAUUCUCGGGAACUACUAGACCCAUUUCUAAGAUGCUUUAUUGUUGGAUAUGUAGGUAAUCGCUGAGUGUUAUGAACAACGAACGAAGCCGGGGCGGACCGCUAGUAUGUCUUUAUUUAGAAUGGUGAAGAAAUUGUAUUACUGUCGUAUAUCUUGCAGCAAUUAAACUACCCAUAAUUUUUUAAGGUUUUUUGUUGAUUUUGUAGUUUUUUUUUUAUUUCUCCCCUUAUUCUUUAUAAAAAAUGUUGCAAAAAUGUGUAUCUACCCGCAUUUUUUUUACUUAAUUGUAAACUUAUGGAAGUAAACAUAUACAAGCA